AUGGCUGGCUGCAACAGACUCUUUAAUCAUUUUCUGGGUCAAGAUUUUGGAUUGUAUGAUACUUAUGAUGAUGAUGAGGAUUUUACUAAAGAAGGAGAAUUGAGGAAGGAGGGAGCUGAAAUUAGAUUAGAAUGUGUUUGCGCCGACGAGAGUCGAAAUCUGAUUGACUUCAAAUCUACGAAUUCGACUUUCGAAGCCAUGUGCCUCGAUAGCCCAACUGGUAGAGGCGCGGAUGGCUUUAAUCUGAAGGUUCCAGAUUGCCAGCUGUCAACCGAAGAAGAAUACGACAAUUGUAAUGAUGAUGACACUGCCAUUUCAUGGCAUCACGGUAGUUGUCAAGAGCGACCAUAUGGUGGCUGUAACCCAACACCUAACAAUUUUGAUUCCUACGAAGACUGUGAAGAAAUUGCAGAACCAGUCUGUAAAAAAACAGUUGGAUUGUUCACCUACGCGUUGAAGGCGGUCGACACUGUAAAAUCUGCUGUGUGUCAUAUAGCUGCAAUAUGCGGAUUCCUUGGAAUAAAACCAUAGAUAGUACCGUCCUAAUUUACACUGUGAUAAUAGUCUAAGGUCCCAUCUCUGUUAUUUUACCAAAACACGA